AUGUCUCUACGUCUGCUAUUGACCACGUUAUUGUCUCUUCUCACUUCCAUUCUCUUUGUAUUGUAUUUGAUUCAUACCCAACAAUUGUCAGAGUUUGUUCAUGAUACUCAAAAUAAGAUUUGGAAAAGUGUCAUGUUCACACCCACACAUUCCGAAGUGACAUCAUCGCCACCACCCAUGAUGAGUGUCUACAAUUUCACUGUGAUGGAUUCGAAUCAACAAGUCAUUGCUCUCAACUCUUCACAAUACCUCAACAAGGUAUUACUCAUUGUGAAUGUUGCUUCUCAAUGUGGAUUCACUCCUCAAUAUGAAUCUUUACUACGUUUAUAUGAGAAAUUUGGACCACAAAAUAACAAUGGAAGAUUUGAAAUUCUUGCAUUCCCUUGUAAUCAAUUUGGAUAUCAAGAACCUGCUCCAAUUGGAGAUGUAUGUGAAUUUGUAACCUCAAAAUAUCAUAUUACAUUUAAAAUAUUUGACAAGGUGAUGGUGAAUGGAAAAGAUACUAUCCCAUUGUAUCGAUAUUUGAAAGAACAUGCACCAGGAUUUAUUAGUAAUGGAAUUAAAUGGAAUUUCACUAAAUUCCUAGUCAAUUCUAAGGGUCAAGUCGUUGGAAGAUAUUCUCCAAUUACAAAUCCCGAGUCAUUGUCACCCAUUAUUGAACGAUUAUUAAAUGAGUAG